AUGGCUCUGCAGAUAGAUCGUGAAACUGUUCCAGGGACUGAACAACUCAUUGACGUGAAUCACAAGUUGGAGAACAGCGAUCAUGUUGGACAAUCUGAUAUUGUUCUCAUUCCACAGCCAACGAGCUGUGGAAGCGAUCCGCUCACGUGGUCGAAGCGAAAGAAGUAUUAUCAGCUGCUCCUAGUCGCACUCUACGCUUGCGCCUUUUCCUUCGGUGAAAACACUCUCGGAGCAGCUUGGACUACUGUCAGUGAAGAUACAGGCGUCACUCUGACAAACAUGAACGGCGGCAGCGCCUUGAACUAUCUUCUUCUCGGAUUCGUCAAUAUUUGGUGGAUGCCCACCGCCAACAUCCUUGGCAGAAAGCUAGUCUUCCUCGCGACAACAUGCCUGUGUCUCGCCACCGGCUUUUGGCUUGCUGCCAUCGAGGGAACAGUUCAGUGGAUGCUUAACAUGAUUGUAAACGGAAUCGGGACUUCUGCGUAUCAAGCAAUCAUUCAACUUACCAUCUUCGAUAUGUUUUUUGUUCAUGAACGUGGUCGCAUGCUCUCAGUAUAUCUCUUUGCUCAGCAGCUUGGCUCUAUUUUGGGCCUUAUCUCUGGUGGUAGCAUGUCCGACACCGUCGGAUGGAGAUGGUCGCAGAAUAUCGUUGGAUUCAUCUUUGCAUUCGUACUAAUUGCCUUCACGUUUACUUUUGAGGAGACACUGUUCCCUCGCUUCCUAUUCGCUGGGUUGCAAGCGGCUCCCCUUCCUUCUCAGAAGGAUGAAGAGACAGCGGAGAAAUCUACCGAAGGAAAGAGGUUGGAGCUCAGGCCAGUUCCGAGCCAGGCCAACGGCAUGAUCGAUGACUUUCCCAAGCGGUCUUACCAACAGAUCUUGAAGCCGUGGGUGAGGUUUCCUCAGAACAAGACGACUUUCUGGCAGUAUUUCCGCCGUCCCUUCUUUCUCUGGGGCUUUCCCAACGUCGUCAUCGCCGCGUUCAUCUAUGCCUUCGGGGCCACCGCCGGUAUCGUCUCUUUCAACACCAUAUCCGAGAUCCUGACAGAACCUCCUUACAACUUUAGUACCACCAAUACCGGGCUUGUGUUCUUUGCCGCUUUGAUAGGAGACAUCAUUGGUUGGGGUAUCGGUGUGCUAAGCGAUCAAGUCGUCAUUGCUUUGGCGCGACGAAACGGUGGUCUCAAAGAACCUGAGAUGCGACUCUACACGCUUGUUCCUUGCUUCGUCUUCGCUGCGGUCGGGUACAUGCUCUAUGGCUGGGGUGCCCAGACAGAGGCCCAUUGGAUCACCAUCGCCAUAGGUAUCGGCGCCAUGAUCUCACAUCAGGUUGGAGCUUGCACGAUUGCUACUGCGUAUGCAAUGGACUGUUUCCCAGGAAUAUCUGGAGAGCUAGUCGUUGUACUGGCUAUGUGCUCCUCAAUGGUCAAUUUCGCCAUCUCGUAUUCUGUCCAGCCUUUUAUCGAAGCCUCUGGCUACGGCUGGACCAUGACAUGCUAUGGCGUCAUGGUAUUGUUGUCGGUCCUUGCCGCUAUUCCUCUUCUGCUAUUUGGAAAGAGAUGGAGGAUCGCCAAGGGCCCGAGAUACUAUAAGUUCUUGGACGAGGUUGGAGGGUAUACCGACUAG